AGAGUUCGCCAUUUUUAACCACCUUUGUGACUGUCUUUUCCGCCUCUGAGUUCAUCGGAAAAUGGGACGGCAACCAUGUUGCGAUAAGGUUGGUUUAAAGCGCGGGCCGUGGACGAUCGAGGAAGAUCAUAAGUUGAUGAACUUUAUACUCAACCAAGGUAUACGUUGCUGGCGAACUGUCCCCCAGCUUGCAGGGUUGUUGCGAUGUGGUAAAAGUUGCAGAUUAAGAUGGAUUAAUUAUCUGAGACCAGACCUUAAGAGAGAGGCGUUUACCGAAUCCGAGGAGGAUCAGAUUAUUCAACUCCAUUCGUGUCUCGGGAAUAGGUGGUCGAAGAUCGCGUCGUAUUUUCCGGGCCGAACCGAUAACGAGAUCAAGAAUCAUUGGAAUACUAAGAUCAAGAAGAAGUUAAAGCUCCUAGGGUUAAACCCCGUGACACACAAGCCUAUCAAGAAAACCGAAGGGGAUUCGUCAAGUAAGCCGGACGAUGACGACCGACGGGGCGUGACCGGAGUUUCUCCGAGAAAGGACGAUGAGAAACCGGAGGAGAUCAAAUUGAAUUUCGAAGAAACGAAUGAUCUAUUCAACGACUACCAAAUGUUAUGUGAUAGCUUUGAUUUAGACUCAUGGUUGAACCAAGGGGUUGAUAGAGUGGAUUCAUUUCUCUCACGGGACAGCUUUAUUCAUUAGACUUCAAAUUUCCCUAAAAUCACAU